AUGGGCGCCGCGGAAGCGGAGCGGGGCAUCCAUGCGGCGGCGCGGGCGGACGGCGAAGGUAUGGGGGAAUGGGAAGGGGAGGGGGAAGGUGAGGCGGACGCUGACGUGGAUGAUGACGGGGACGAUGGAGAAGGUGAUGCUGUUAGAAAGGGGUUUGAUGGCGCAGCAGCAGCAGUGACGGCGGCGGCGGCGGCGGCGGAGGAGGAGAAGGACGACGACGAAUUAGCAGUUGCAGCCGACUCUUUUUUCGAUGCUGACAGAGUUGCUGGAGACGACGUACGCGCUAUUGGCGUCGUUUCGACAACAGGAGGGGCUGUUGCAGCGGACUCGGGAGCUUCUAUCGUCCCGUUCCCCGCUGCACUAUCAGUCACGGGUGCCUGCGAAGCGGCUGAUGCUAACAGUUCGGCACCUACGCCGGCUGUUAGAUCAUCUCCCCUCGCCAUUGCCGCAAAUCCCUCGCUCCCAAAUCCCGCGCGCCCGUCGUCGUCGCGCGCCUCGCCUUCCCGACUCACCCCGUCGACCCGUUCCGCCCCUGUGUUAUCCGUUUUCACCGCGGAGUUAUGCGCGCCUCCUUUUACUGUCUGGGCCACCAAGUUUUGCGGUUUCCCAAUGAAUAAGGCUUCUUACCUGUCAAUACGCGAGCUCAACGUCAACGGGCUCGGGAGCAGGGGGAAACAAAAACACCUGAAGGCGUGGUUAAAGAAGCCACCCGACAUCUUCGUUUUAAUCGACACACGCAUUGGUGCAGAUCAUGACUUCUGGAAGAAGCUUAAGGCUCCUCACUGUCACGCCGUUGGUCCUGCGGGGAAGGCAGGGGGAGUAGCUAUUUUGAGUUUUAACAAGUCUCUCAGUUUCACUAACAUUGUCGCGCAUGGUUCAGGCCGGCUGCUUCAGGCCAAUGUCCAGUGGGACUCCUCCUGUUGCUCAAUCCUGGCCGCUUACUUCCCGGCGAAGGCCUGCAGGCGUCGGUCUUUCUAUGGCGGAGUGCUGACCCCGUUUAUGGCGCACUCGGUGGGGAAGAAAAAUUUUGUUUUGGUCGGGGACCUCAACAUGGUGGAGGAUCCAAUCCUGGACAGAUCGUCGGGAGCGGGAUCGUCCGGGGAAAAUAACAGUGUGUUGCGGAUCUGUUCAGCGCACUGUCUUACCGACGCUUUUCGCUGGAUGAAUCCGGUGCUGAAGGAGUUCACGUUUCUGUCCAAAUCUGCUAAGACCAGCUCACGCAUUGAUCGAGCUCUCGUCUCAGCGUCUCUGCUGCCGUCACUUUCCGGUGCGUCGCACUGCCGGCCGCUGAAGGGCCUCUCUGAUCACUGGUUUGGUGUGAAGGUGACAUUCAAGAUCAGCCUGCGGCUAUGUAUGGGGCCUGGAAUAUGGAGGUGCAAGGCGGUGGAGAUUGGUAGACCAGGUGCAGCGAAAGCGGUUGCGGAGGUUCGAGAGAAGCAUGGGAAAACGGGGUCGGGAGACUUCACUGCGCUCAUGAGGGAAAUGAACAUGGCGUUAAGGAAGUACUCUACCGAGGAGCGGAAACGGGUCAAGGCUACCCUUGCUCACCUGGACGCUGCGGUGGCGAGGUUACAGCAGGAGGUGAUGAGGCACCCUUCUUGCUCCGUCCGGAAGGAGGAGUUGAAGGUCAAGGAGUCUCAGUUAGCGGCGUAUCUUGCCUCCAAGGAGGAGAGGGUCUCUCUCAUGGCGGGGGUUAAGGAGCUGCGGGAGGGAGAGUUGCCUGGCAAGCUCAUGUCUACAAAGGUUAAAACACGGAAGGAGAGGACCAUGAUUACAUCGUUUACCUUCUGGACGGUUGCCCCGGACAGGAAGUUGGGUGAAGAGCAAUCGCAGCUGCUGGUGGAAGACUGGUCAGAAGCGGAGGUGAAGGAGGCUCUUGACGGUAUGGCGAAAGGCAAGUCCCCCGGUGCUGACGGAAUCCCGAAGGAGUUCUUCAGUCAGCAUUGGGACUCGCUGGGGGGUGAUGUGCUCGGUUUCGCGAAGCGCUUCGAGGAAACGACCGUUCUUCCUCCCGCGGCUUUGGAGGCGGUCACUGUCCUGCUGCACAAGAAAGGCGCGAAGGACCAGGUGCAGAACUACCGGCCGAUCACGCUGCUCAACAGCACGUACAAGCUGGUAGCGCGAGUAUUGGCAAACAGGAUGCGGAAAGUGCUGCACAAGGUCAUUUCAGAGGAGCAAUACGGGUUCUUACCGGGAAGAAGGCUGGCGGACGGUGUCUCACUGAUCGCGGACAUCGUCGAUGCGGCGAAGUGCAAAAACGCGGAUUGGUAUUUGCUUCUGGUAGAUUUCCAGAAGGCCUUCGAUUCAGUUUCUCGUGAAUACCUCUUCGGCACGAUAAAGAGGAUGGGUUUCCCGCGGAAGUUCGUGAGGUGGUGCGAGGGUCUCCAUGCAGGAUCGACGACGAGACUGCUGCUGAACGGCUGGCUGGGGGAGCCGGUGGCGGUCAAGAAGGGGGUGCGGCAGGGCUGUCCGCUGGCGCCCUACCUUUUCCUCUGCGCGGUGGAGCCUCUCUGCCAGGAAGCAAUAAGGAGGAAGUUGGGUAUAAGUAAUCCGUUCGGUGAUCGCCUUGCGUACCUUGGGUAUGCCGAUGACACCACGUUGGUGCUCCAAGGGAAAAGGCAGAUUGGCCGGGCGGUGAAGGUGCUGGAUGAGUUUGGUGAUAAGUCGGGGCUUCGCGUGAAUAUCGACAAGUCUGCUCUCCUUCCCCUGGGGAAGAACCUGCUCAAGAAACCGGACAGGUCAUCAGGUUUCAAAUGGGUGCGAUCAAACGAAGCGGAAAGGGUUAUAGGGGUGUGGAUCUCACCCUUGGGUGACGCGUCGGUGACCUGGGAAAUUACUCUGUCACGGGCAGCGGCGGAGCUGGUGAAAUGGCAAAUACAUUACCUGACGACGUCCGGCAGGGUCGCGGUGGUUAACGGGUACAUUAAUCCAAUCCUCGCCUUUCAGGCGCAGGUUUACCCUCCUCCUGCGGAAAUCUGGGCGAAGCUGGUGAAGUUGCUGCAUAAUUUCGUCACGGGCAACCAUUCAACGGCAGGGAAGCAUUUUGCUCUCUGGAGCCAGGAGUUGCUGUUCAAAGCGAGAGGGGAAGGCGGGCUCGGUGUCCGGGACCCGUGUGCUGAACUGGGUGGCCUGGCGGCCAGGAGGAUAGCGCUACUGGCAUCACAACCACAGGGUCUGCUUGCCGACCUCGCGCUCACGGCUCUGGAUGUUCCGGACCUGCAGGUUUUUUGGGCUCACGCGGGGCUGAUGAAGCAGUGGGCAGGUCGGUGUGAGAGGUGGAAGCGGACGUGUGAAUUAUUCCUGGAGUCCAGUUUUCCUUCUUGCAUCAAGGCCUCGUCGGUGUGGGAGGUGGAGCAAGAGAUGCUACUGUUUAAUCGCUGUCUGCUUUUGAAUGGGAAGUCCCCCGCGGGUCGGCAGAAGGCGGCUAAGCCGCUGAAGCGCUCGGUGAAAGGCGACUUCAUCAAAAUCGCCGUGGAUGGCUCGAGGGCUCUGAAAAGCCCUCAGGAGCUCGAGCGGGCUUUCGGUGGGUCAGAUGGAGCGAAGCUGGCGAUGAGGAUUUUUGAUGCGGCUCCAAACGAGUGGAAGCAGAUGCUUAUGGCGCCUGUCACGGCGUGCAUGGUGCUCACUGUUUCUAAGUUCGUGCUCAAGGCGGGGACGAGUUACGGUGUCUGGAGGAUUGAGUGUGUAGAGGGCGAAACCCUCAUCUGCCGUGCCAUCGGAUGCUUCCAGGGGGUUUUGGAGGAAGCAGAGGAGAGGACGCACAACUUUCUGCCGCAUGAGGUGGUGCCUGCUGUGGUCAGGGAGGGGCGGCUGCUUGGUCCUGCGGGUGGUCCCAGGGCAAGAUUGUUGUGCUCCCCCAUCUGGGAGGGGGAUCGGCCAGCGCAGCUGAAGCAACUCAAGGAGGGUUUCAGGCGGUUUGGCGGAAAACCAAAGCAGCAGAGCACGUGGGAGGAAUCCCUCGGCCGUCCGAUUGACUGGGGGAGGGUGAUCGGGGUAAGGGACUCGCCUGCUCUUCCGAAUCGUGCACGUGACGUGAUGCUCCGGAUCCACAGCCGGAACCUGCAGGUGGGGGAACGGUUACAUUUUCUGGGCGCUGGGGUCGCCUGCCCCCACUGCGGGGAGAAAGAGACGCUGGAACAUGGACUGUUUCUCUGCUCGCGCAUUCAGCCGGUGGUUCGGGCACUGUUGAAGGCGCUCCGUAUGAUCUACAAGCGUGCUAAGGCAGUGUCUAAGAGGCUCGGUGCCAUUCGUCCUGGUCUGGAUGAUGACGAGUGCCGGGUUUUGGGCCGUAUCAUGGACAACUCAGCUCAACCAGCCACGUGGUCCAAGGGCUUCAUGGCCAUCUGGUCGAACCCGAGGGCUGCUUUCCGUCCCCCUUAG